AAAUUGUAACACAAUGUAAGCAACUAGUAGACAAUAGAAAUGAAACAAAAAGAGAGAGAAGGAGAUACAAAGUAAAAGAUUAGGGCUUUUUUACAUACCCAUCCUUGAGAUUGUCUUGGUUCUUGCAAGAUUGAGCUACCCAUCUCAUAAAGAUUUGAUCUUUUUAAGGUGCUUGGAUGAUUUUUAUUAUUGGGUUUUCUGGUACUAAUUUGUAUUGAGUUGGGUUACUGGGGAUUAUUGCUGGUGUAUGGCUAGAUAUUGAAAUUGUUGUGGACUUGGGUAGGAGUGAAAGGUUGUUUUUAGACUAGGUAAUUGGGCAAAUUGUUUAUUGGAAGGAUGGUAGGAUUUGAGGAGGCUUCUAAUACUGGGGCUAGAUUGGUGAGGACUGGCUCUUUUCGAGAGGAUGAUGGUUUUCAUAGGCCAGUGACUCAUUUUGGGGGAGGUGGAUCAAGGAACACGAGCCCUUUGAGCCGAAUAGGGUCGAGGAAUACUAGUCCUUCCAGGCAGAAGGUGAUUAAAACUAAACCAAGGGGGUUGGAUGAGGAGACGGUUUCUACAUUUUCCAAAGCUAUCAUGCCUGAUGUCCAAAUGGAAGAUAAUAUUUGGGCUAUGUUGCCGGAGGAUUUGUUGAAUGAAAUUUUGGCCAGGGUUCCCCCAUUUAUGAUAUUUCGUCUGCGGUCUGUUUGUAAACGAUGGAAUUCAAUUUUGCAAGAUAGUGGUUUUCUUAAAUUUCAUUCUCAAUUGCCUUCUCAUGGGCCUUGUCUUCUAACAUUUUGGAAAAAUCCGCAGACCCCUCAGUGUUCAGUUUUCAGCUUGCCAUUGAAACAAUGGUACAGGAUCCCAUUUAACUUUCUACCACAGUGGGCUUUUUGGUUGGUAGGUUCUUCAGCAGGCCUUGUUUGUUUUUCGGGACUGGAUGGUUUGAUAUUCAAGAUCUUAGUGUGCAACCCUUUAACGCAAAGUUGGAGGACAUUGCCCAGUAUGCAUAACAAUCAACAAAGACAACUGAUUAUGGUGGUUGAUCGAAAAGACCGGGCUUUUAAAAUUAUUGCGACAAGUGAUAUCUAUGGGGAUAAGUCUUUGCCCACAGAAGUAUAUGAUUCAAAGCUUGAUAAUUGGUCCCUUCACCAAAUCAUGCCUGCUGUUAACUUGUGCUCCUCAAAGAUGGCAUUUUGUGAUUCAAGAUUGUAUCUUGAAACUCUUUCGCCCCUGGGGUUGAUGAUGUACCGACUUGAUUCAGGAUAUUGGGAACAUAUUCCAGCUAAAUUCCCACGAUCUUUAUUGGAUGGAUACCUGGUUGCUGGCACUCAAAAACGUCUAUUUUUGGUUGGAAGGAUAGGUCUUUAUAGUACUCUUCAAAGUAUGAGAAUUUGGGAACUGGAUCAUGCAAAAGUUGUUUGGGUUGAGGUAAGUAGGAUGCCGCCAAGGUACUUUAGAGCUCUUUUGAGGUUAUCAGCUGAGAGAUUUGAAUGCUUUGGACAGGAUAAUCUGAUUUGCUUUACAUCUUGGAACCAAGGGAAAGGCCUUCUUUAUGAUGUGGAUAAAAAGGUUUGGUCUUGGAUUGCUGGUUGUGCUCUUCAGUCAUACAACAGUCAGGUGUGUUUUUACGAGCCAAGAUUUGAUGCAUUAAUAUAUUGAAUGGGGUGCUGCACAGAAUUUCCUAAAGGUAAUUCAGAAUUGGACUAUGAUAUUCUUAGUACCCUUUUGGGCUCUAUAAGGACUAGUUAACAGAAACAACAAUAUAAGUGGUAAAAGUUGCUGGCUGGUUUCAUAUAUCUGGUUGAUGUCUUAGGAUAAAUGAAAGUACUCUGAGAAACAUGGCAGUUUUUGAUAAGAGGGAGCAAGUCGCGUCAGCAAACACUCUUUUUGAGAUAAUGUCAUCUGCUACCAAGGGUUUGAUGGAUUAUCUUGUAGGAAACUUUUAAAUGGUGUUAUUGCAAAAAAAAAAAACGGGAAGAAAACCGACAAAUGGAUGAUGUCUUUGGGGCAUAAGUGUAAGAAAUUUUGUCCAGCUUAUGUACAUUACAUGAAUUGCUUGAAAUAUGAGUUCAUUUUAUACAUAAAAUUAUUUAUUAAUUACUA